AUGCAGAGGUUGUGUGUAGAGAGCUGGACUGUGGGGCUCCUGUACAGGUGCUGGGAGCAGCUGCUUUUGACAAAGGAGACGCUCAGAUGUGGACACAAGAGAUUCAGUGCAGAGGAAAUGAAUCUCAGAUUCACCUCUGUCCAACAUCACCAUCACAUCAAAACAACUGUUCUCAUGACAAUAAUGUUGGACUUAUGUGUGCAGACAGCAUGAAUGUGAGGUUGGUUGGUGGUCACAGACGCUGUGCUGGUCGAGUGGAGGUUCUUCACAGAGGUCAGUGGGGAACAGUGUGUGAUGAUGACUGGGAUUUGGCUGAUGCUGCAGUGGUGUGUAGAGAGCUGGACUGUGGAGAACCUGUAGACGCUCUGGGUGAAGCUCAUUUUGGACUAGGAUCAGGACCGAUCUGGAUGAGUUUUGUCUUGUGUUUGGGGUCAGAGUCCACACUGAAGAACUGUGGGUCAAGAGGAUGGGGUAAACAUAUCUGUCAUCAUAGUGAAGAUGCUGCAGUCAUCUGCUCAGAAAUCCAGCUGGUUGGAGGAUCUCGCUGCUCUGGGAGGUUAGAGAUACUUCAUAAUCAGACGUGGAUGUCAGUGUGUGACGCUGUCUUUGACCAGCAGGAUGCAGAGGUUGUGUGUAGAGAGCUGGACUGUGGGGCUCCUGUACAGGUGCUGGGAGCAGCUGCUUUUGACAAAGGAGACGCUCAGAUGUGGACACAAGAGAUUCAGUGCAGAGGAAAUGAGUCUCAGAUUCACCUCUGUCCAACAUCACCAUCACAUGAAAACAACUGUUCACAUAACAAUGAUGUUGGACUGGUGUGUACAGGUUGGAAUGCAUUUUCUUUGAGUAAAACAAUUUUUAUUUUUUACAUUUGUGUGUGUGUGUUACUGCUCAAUCCUAAAAUUUGUUUCCCUUUGUCUUCUAUUUUCUAUACAUCUGCCAUUCUCUUUGUUCAAUAUUUAGACACUGUGAAUGUGAGGCUGGUUGGUGGUCACAGUCGCUGUGCUGGUCGAGUGGAGGUUCUUCACAGAGGUCAGUGGGGAACAGUGUGUGAUGAUAGCUGGGAUAUGGCUGAUGCUGCAGUGGUGUGUAGAGAGCUGGACUGUGGAGAACCUGUAGACGCUCUGAGUGAUGCUCAUUUUGGACUAGGAUCAGGCCCGAUCUGGAUGAGUACUGUCAUGUGUACUGGAUCAGAGUCCACAUUGAAGAUGUGUGGGUCAAGAGGUUGGGGUAAACAUAACUGUUAUCAUAGUGAAGAUGCUGGAGUCAUCUGCUCAGGUGUCAGGUUGGUUGGAGGUUCUCGCUGCUCUGGGAGGUUAGAGAUCCUUCAUAAUCAGACGUGGAUGUCAGUGUGUGAUGCUGUCUUUGACCAGCAGGAUGCAGAGGUUGUGUGUAGAGAGCUGGACUGUGGGGCUCCUGUACAGGUGCUGGGAGCAGCUGCUUUUGACAAAGGAGACGCUCAGAUGUGGACACAAGAGAUUCAGUGCAGAGGAAAUGAGUCUCAGAUUCACCUCUGUCCAAAAUCACCAUCACAUGACAAUUGUUCACAUGACAAUGAUUUUGGACUGAUGUGUGCAGACAGUGUAAAUGUGAGGCUGGUUGGUGGUCACAGUCCCUGCAGUGGUCGAGUGGAGGUUCUUCACAGAGGUCAGUGGGGAACAGUGUGUGGUGAUGGCUGGGAUAUGGCUGAUGCUGCAGUGGUGUGUAGAGAGCUGGACUGUGGAGAACCCGUAGAUGCUGUGGGUGAUGCUCGUUUUGGAUCAGGAUCAGGACCAAUCUGGAUGACUACAGUAUUAUGUACUGGAUCAGAAUCUACACUGAAAAACUGUGGAUCAUCAGGAUGGGGUAAAAGCAGAUGUUAUCAUGGCAAAGAUGCAGGUGUCAUUUGUUCAGGAGUCAGACUUGUUGGAGGUUCUCACUGCUCUGGGAGGUUAGAGAUCCUUCAUAAUCAGACGUGGAUGUCAGUGUGUGAUGCUGUCUUUGACCAGCAGGAUGCAGAGGUUGUGUGUAGAGAGCUGGACUGUGGGGCUCCUGUACAGGUGCUGGGAGCAAUUGCUUUUGGCAAAGGAGACACUCAGAUGUGGACACAAGAGAUUCAGUGCAGAGGAAAUGAAUCAUUCAUUCGAUUGUGUCCAACUUCACAUGACAUACAGUGCUCUCAAGAAAACAACGUGGGACUUAAAUGUUCUGGUAAAAUGUCAAUGUUGGUUGGAGGUAACAGUCCCUGCAGUGGUAGAGUGGAGGUGCAUCAUGAUGGUCAGUGGGGAACAGUGUGUGGUGAUGACUGGGAUAUGACUGAUGCUGAAGUGGUGUGUAGAGAGAUGGGAUGCGGAGAGGCUUUAAAUGCAGUAAAUGGGGCUUACUUUGGACAAGGAUCAGGACCAAUCUGGAUGGAUGAUGUGGCCUGUAGUGGAUCGGAGUCAACUCUGAAAGACUGUAGAUCAAGAGAAUGGGGUGUUCAUAACUGUGGUCAUCCUGAAGAUGCUGGAGUCAUUUGCUCAGGUUACAUUGAUCUCAAGCUGAUAAACGGUCCUGACAUCUGUUCUGGUAGAGUCGAACGUCGCAGGUCCAUCAGGCUGGUGGGUUCUGGGGGAGACUGUGCAGGGAGGCUGGAGGUUUUUCACAACGGCUCAUGGGGGACAGUGUGUGAUGACUCCUGGGAUAUUAAAGAUGCUCAUGUGGUGUGCAGACAGCUGCAGUGUGGAGUGGCCCUCAGUAACCAGCAGGUACCAGCCUGGUUUGGUCCUGGUUCUGGACACAUAUGGCUGGAUGAGGUGGAGUGUGAGGGGAAUGAGACGUCCCUGUGGAGCUGCUCUUCUCCAGGCUGGGGAAAACAUGACUGUCAGCACAAGGAGGAUGUAGGAGUCAUGUGCUCAGAGUUUAAAGAGAUCAGGUUAAGUGAGGGCUGUGAAGGGAAUUUGGAGGUUUUCUACAAUGGAUCCUGGGGUAAUGUGUGCUGGAACCAGAUGGAGAGAGACACAGCGAGUCUGAUCUGUCAAGAGCUAAACUGUGGAAGAUCUGGUGUUUUGUCUGAUUCUGCAGCAAGAGUGGAAUCAGCUCCUAACUGGCUGGAUAAAGUUACAUGUCGACCACAUGAUUCCACUUUAUGGCAGUGUCCAUCUUUACCCUGGGGUCAAAACUACUGUGGUAAAGGUGAAGUGGCCAGAAUUACUUGUUUAGUGGAGGUGAGUGAUGAGUCUCUGAGUCGUCUGACAUCUCCUCACCAGAGACAGUGUUCACACUGA